AAACAACUUUCCUUCACUGCUAGGUGCAUAAGCAUAACCUAACAUGAUAUCUUUCUCUUCCUUUAUAUCCUUUUCUAAUUCACUUAUUCAGCACUUCCAUUUUUUCUCAAAAAUCUCUCUCUUUCUCUCUGCGCAAUGGAGCAUUCAGAUGGCAACUCCACUGAACCACAGGCUGAAGAUGAAUCCAAUCAAACCCGUUCACAACAAAGAACUGCCGCGGUUUUCACUGCCGGUUCCGCUGACAUGUCUCCUAUCACCGGCCCCGGCGACUUCUAUAGGGAGUUCGUGUUGGAAUCCAAGAAGCUUUGGUUCCUGGCAGGUCCGGGGAUCUUCUCCUUCGUGUCGAAGUACUCCCUCGGCGCCUUUACUCAGAUUUUUGCCGGCCAUAUCGGAACGAUCGAGCUGACGGCCGUCUCCGUCGAGAACUCCCUCAUCGCCGGCUUCUCCUACGGCAUACUGCUAGGGAUGGGAAGCGCGUUGGAAACGCUGUGUGGACAAGCAGUGGGCGCAGGGAAGCUUAACAUGUUAGGCGUUUACAUGCAAAGAUCGUGGGUGCUACUCUCGAUCACGGCUUGUGUUCUAUGCUUUCUCUACGUCUUCGCAGGACCUUUUCUCACUCUAAUAGGCCAAGAUCCAGAGAUAUCUCGAGCGGCAGGAAAAUUCGCCAUAUGGAUGAUUCCGCAGCUGUUUGCGUACGCGUUCAAUUUUCCGGUGGCCAAGUUCCUGCAGACGCAGAGCAAGGUCAUCGUGAUCGCUGCAAUAUCAGGGGUGGCCAUGGCGCUGCACCCGCUCUUGAGCUGGUUACUCAUCAUGAAGGUCGAGUGGGGUCUGGUGGGUGCGGCGGUGGUGCUAAAUGCGUCGUGGUGGUUCAUAGUGGUGGCUCAGUUGGCGUAUGUGCUCAGUGGUAGGUGUGGGGCAGCCUGGAAGGGGUUUUCAUGGGAGGCUUUUGGCAAUCUUUGGAGUUUCUUUCGCCUAUCUCUUGCCUCUGCCGUCAUGCUUUGCUUGGAAAUGUGGUACUUUAUGGCUCUGCUUUUGUUCGCUGGAUACCUCAAAAAUGCAAAAAUCUACGUAGGCGCCUUCUCUAUCUGCAUGAAUAUAUUGGGGUGGACCAUCAUGGUAUCUUUCGGAAUGAAUGCUGCCACAAGUGUGAGAAUAUCGAAUGAACUGGGGGCACAUCACCCAAGAACAGCACUAUUUUCUCUUGUGGUUGCUGUGAUCACUUCCAUUAUGAUAGGACUUUUUCUGGCUUUUGUGUUGAUGGUCACACGGAAUGUGUAUCCUUCUCUGUUUUCCAACGACACAGAAGUGCAAAACAUAGUGAAGGAGCUCACACCAUUGUUGAGUUUUUGCAUUAUCAUUAACAAUGUCCAACCUGUUCUUUCAGGAGUGGCCGUUGGAGCAGGGUGGCAAGCUUUUGUCGCUUAUGUAAACAUAGGAUGCUACUACCUUUUCGGAAUACCUCUUGGUCUCUUGUUGGGUUAUAAGUUUCACCGAGGUAUUAAGGGAAUCUGGCAAGGAAUGAUAUCAGGGACUGUGCUGCAAACGAUUGUUAUUUUGGUGAUGAUUUACAAAACUAACUGGAAUAGAGAGGCCUCUCGUGCUGGAGAUAGGGUACAGACAUGGGGUGGACAAAAAGUAGGGAACGACAAAGAAAACACAGAAGAAGAAACUUGAAUAUUGCACUCCCAGAAUUGAUAAACUAUUAUGUUUUCAUCAAAAUGUGGAGUGUCUUUGGACGUGCUGUUAGUGAAGUGAUGUAUUUGUGUCGUGUGGUUGAUUAUGAUGAGAAACAUUCUGGAGAAGGUCUUUCAAGAACAGAAUGGAGGUCCACUGCAGAAGAUUCUCUUAUGGUUAAAAGUUAAUUACAUUGUUUUCGUGUAGACUUUCGAACUAUAUUUAGUUAAUAAUAGUUACCUUCGGA